UAAUAUCUUUUCUUUUUCUCUUAUCCUUCAAAUUCACUUAAAAUAUACAGGCAAUCAAAGUUGAAAGCAUAGGAUUCUUUAUUUAAAACAAGAACUACAAGCUGCAUGCAUUGGAACAUAUAAAUAACAUAAGGGUUAAACUUCUCUUCCUCAACUCACAUUGUUCUUUCACUCUUCAUUUCAACCUUGAAGAUCACCAUGAACAUUAUUGAAGUGGACGACUAUAUUUAUGACACCUCGGAAUCGGAAGAGGACAUGCUACGAGAGUAUACAAUAGAAGGAAAUUGGGAAGAAGUUGAGAAACUAUACAAAUUGGAUCCAAAACUCAGCACAGUAAAUAUCAACAAAAGUAGAGGAACUGCACUGCAUGUGGCAGUAAAUGAUAACAAAGGAGAAGUUGUUAGAAAUCUUGUUGAUUCAAUCAUAAGUCACAAAAUUGAGGAGGCCCUUAAAUGUAAGAAUGAAAAGGGUGACACUCCAUUGCACCUUGCAGCAUCAAGAGGAUUCAAAGAUAUAUGUGAAUGUAUCAUAGGAGAAAAUGGUGAAAGGAAGGAUUUGAUUCUUAUUGAUAACAAUGCUGGAGAGACUCCUUUGUUUCUUGCUGCACUGUCUUGGCAAAAAGAAGCGUUUGUUUAUCUCUUCAAAUUGAAACCAAUGGAGGGUGGUUAUUCAUAUAUUAAAGAUCUUAUUAGAGACAAUGGAGAUAGUAUUCUUCACUGUGCCCUCAAGAGAGAAUUUUUCGAUUUGGCGCUUAUAAUAAUAGAUAAAUUUCCCAAUCUUAUUUCCAUUCCAAACAAACACGGAGUUAGUCCUCUCAAACUUCUUGCUACUAGGCCCUCAGGAUUCGAAAGUGGAUGCAAGAUGACAUGGUGGAAGAGGAUUCUGUACCACUGUAUACCUGUGGGAAUCCUAAAUGUGAAAGAAGCUGUCAAAAAUUAUGCCAUGAAACAAGAGUCAAGCCCCCCCCACAAUUGUCCAGAGAACUAUGACACAUGUUAUCUCUUUUUUCUAAAAUGUAAGAAGAUGCUGAAGGGAGUGCUGAAACAAACUACUUGUACUGCUGAAUAUGGAUCUAAUCAUAUGAGAGAGAAACCCAAACACAAACUUCUUCCAGAAAUGUGUCUUUCAUUUAUGAAGUUUGCAUUGAUCUAUAUCCUUGGCCUUUCGGGAGUAGGGGUUGAAGAAAUUCAAAAGAUGAAGCAAAAACACAAAUGGAGUGGUCAACUAUUGAACAAAUUUAUGGAGAAGCCUUAUGAAUCGUAUUCGGUAAUCGGCAUCAAAACAACAGAAUAUGACAGUGGAGCAGAUUUCAUGUCUCUUUACAAGCCAAACCAAGGAGAUAAUAAUAGUGAGGAGCCAAAGAUUUCUACGAUGUUCGAAAGUGAGACAACUAUUUUAACAAAAGCAAUAAAUAACCUAGUUAAAAAAGUGGAUGAGCUUACAACAAAAAUAGUGAAUAAUAGUGAAGAGCCAAAGAUUACUGAAAAUAGACAAAUAAACUUGCAAGAGAUUCUGGAAAGUGAGGAGCCAAAGAUUUCUGAAAAAAGCCGACUGAUUCUGGAAAGUGAGACAGCAAUUUUGACAGCAGCAAGAAAUGGCAUAGUUGAAAUAGUGAAUGAGCUUAUAACAAAAAUACCAAGCUCAAUAUACGAUGUUAACUUGGAAAAUAAAAAUGUAUUGCUUGUAGCAGUUGAGAACAGAAGAACCAAUGUUGUUGAGGCAUUAAGAAAACAGUAUAAAGAGAUUAAAACAGAGACAAUAUUUGAUAACUUAAUUCAAGGUGUGGACUAUGAAGAGAACACUGUGUUACAUUUAGCUGCUACAAUAAGUGAUCGAGAUUGGCACAUUUCUGGAUCUUCCGUGAAAAUGAUGUGGCAUAUGAAAUGGUUUGAGUACACUAAAGGACUAGUACCAGAGCAUUUCAUAUAUAGAACAAACAAAAAGGACAAAACAGCAGAAGAAUUAUUCAAGAAAUCUUCUGCAAAACUAGUACAAGAAGGUAGUAAAUGGUUCAAAGACAUUUCUGAGUCUUGUUCUGUAGUAGCAGUACUCCUUGCCGGCGUUGCCUUCGCUACGUCAAGCAGUGUGCCAGGCGGCAACCAAAGUGAUACAGGGGAACCAAUAUUGAAAGGAAAUCCUGCAUUUGAUACAUUUGCCAUGUCUUCACUAAUUGGUCUUUGUUUCUCUGUCACUGCACUCAUAUUGUUCCUUUCUAUACUCACCACUCAAAAAGAAGCCAAAGAUUUCAGAAUUGAUUUGCCUCGGAAGCUUCUUUUCGGAAUGAGUUCUCUUUUCUUGUCGAUGGUUGCAUUGUUCGUUGCUUUCUGUUCUAGCCAUUUCUUUUUGGUUGACCACAAGUUCAAACACAUUGUGUUUCUGAUUUAUGCAGUCACUAGUUUUCCUCUGACUUUGUAUGCAGUAUCACAACUUCCACUUUACAUUGAUCUUCUAAGAGGUAUAGCAACCAAAGUGCAAAUGACAAGUGAUAAGGACAAAUGAAAAUGUGCUUGGCUUGUUCAAAUAAGGACAAUUGAUAGGGACAAUUGUUACCGGAGUAUUUUUUGUUUUGGCUUGAGUACUUUUAUGUUAGGAGCAGUGUAUGCCUAAUGUUGGAUUGUGGUUUUUUUAGUGAAACUCUUUUAUUAAGUACUA